GUUUUGGUUUCUAAAGAAUACUGAACAAAAAGUCACACCCACAGAACAAGCUGUUAGAACAUCGUGGAGGAAAAGCUUGUAGAGAACUGGUAAAAUGGCAGAAUCCCUUCUGAAGGUUUUGAAUUCCUUAAACUGUCCAGUCUGUCUGGAUCUGCUGAAGGAUCCAGUGGCGAUUCCUUGUGGACACAGUUACUGUCUGAGCUGUAUUGAAGGCUGCUGGAAAAAAGAAGAUGAUGGUGGCAUGUACAGUUGUCCUCAGUGCAGACAGACCUUCAGUCCAAAGCCUGAUCUUAACAAGAACACCACGCUGGCAGAACUAGCUGAAGAACUGAGGAAGACUUCAUGUCAGGGGGAUCCUUCAGCUGUUUCUCCUGCAGGACCUGAUGAUGUGGAGUGUGACAUCUGCACUGAGGUUAAAUACAAAGCUGUCAAAUCCUGUCUGGUUUGUCUGGCCUCAUAUUGUGAAGCUCAUGUUCAGAGUCACUACAGAUCUCCUCCUUUAAAGAAGCAUAAACUGGUGGAGGCCUCGGCUAAUCUUCAGGAGAAGAUCUGCUCCAAACAUGACAAGCUACUGGAGAUUUUUUGCCGCAGUGAUAACAACUUUAUUUGUUACUUAUGUGCCAUGGAUGGACACAAAAACCAUCAAACAUUCUCAGUUGCAACUGAAAGAACUAAAAGACAGAAUGAACUGGUGAAGAUUCAGAAUGAAUCCCAAACAAGAAUAUGGCAGCGAGAGAGCAGAAUACAGGAGGUGAACAAGAAAAUGGAAUCUCUCCGACUUUCUGCACAGGCUGCAGUAGAUGAAAGUGAGAAGAUCUUUACUGGUCUUAUUCAGUCGCUUAAAGAAAGAAGCUUUCAGGUAAAGGAACUAAUCAGGGCUCAGGAACAGAGUGAACUGAGUGUGGCCAAGAAACAUCUGAUGACACUGCAGCAGGAGAUUGAGGAUUUGAGGAAGAGACAGUCUAAGCUAGAGCAAGUUUCACAAAUAGAUAAUCACAUUGAUUUCAUCAAGCGUUUCCUACCUCUCAGUGUUCUUCCUAAAUCUGAAACAUUAUCCAUCGUUAUAAACAGCCCUAAAUUCUCCAUUGAUGAAGUAAGGAAAGCUGCAUCUUUAGUGAUGGAAGAAGUGGAACAAUUUCACAAGAUGAAACUGGUCAAAUCAUCUACAGUGCACAGUAUCAGUUUGUUUGUGUCAAAGACCAGAGAGGACUUCCUGAAAUAUUUUCGUCAGCUGACUCUGGUCCCAGACACAAAGAGCUUCGCACUCCAUCUAUCUGAGGGAAACACAAAACUGACAGUGACUAAAGGUUUUUGCAGUUCAGACCCAAACAUGCUACAUCAAGUGUUCUGUAAAGAGCUUCUGUAUGGACGCUGUUACUGGGAGGUUGAACAAUUUAACCAGAAAGAUUUUACUAUUGGCUUGGAUUAUAAAGGCAACAGUGUGAACAGGUCCAGUCAGCAGUCAUUCUUUUGGUGUAAUGAUCAGUCCUGGAGUCUGAGCUGCUUAGAUUCCAAAUAUUACGCUACUCGCAAUAACAAAAAGUUUGAAGUCCAGGUUACGUCACUCCUCUCAAAAAUUGGAGUGUACCUGAAUCACCACGCAGGAACCCUGUCUUUCUACAACGUCUCGGACACCAUGACUCUUAUCCACAAGUUCCAGGCCACAUUCACUCAGCCCCUCUAUGUUAGAUUUGAGCUUCGUGGUUAUGAUACUGGUUUUCAAAUCCAUAAGCUUGAUCGAAAACUUAACAAAAGAUGAACACAUGUUCUACACAGUAAAUUAAAUGAUUUUCUAGAUAAGGAUGGUAUUUUUUUUUUACCCUCUACAUGUCUUUCUAGUGUUUAGAGUAAUUUUCAGGUCCCUUCUACAGAGAAUAUUUCAUUUUAUUUUUCAUUUCAUUUUCAUUUACCGCUUUCUGCUCAGGGUCGCCGCAGGUCCAGUCCCACUGGGAAACACUUGGCACAAGGCAGGAAUACCCUGGCCUGAGCGAGAGUCAGGGCUUCAGCCACAACUCGCCUCCUCUCAGACAAAUCCAAUCAUAACAAAUCCAGCCAAUAGCAUAACAGAUGUGCUAGUGUAAUAGACUGCUAUGCCUCCAGAGAGUCUUUUCAAAGAACAUUAUAUUUUUCUUUGUCCUUCUUUUAUAUACAUUUUUGCUACAAUUAUGCUGGUGUAAAAAUAGCCAUAAUGACUGUAAAGGUUUUGAUUAGUAGAUAUCUCUGGAGAAUUUGGAAGGUAACUUUUUAUUGUUGAGCGAUCGACUGUACUGUUUCAGUUUGUGCACCAAUCACUUCUUUUGAAUUUAUCUCCUAAUUUCUGAAUGUUUUGUUAUGAGGAUUGUUUAUUGCUGCAGAUUUAAAUAAAUUCAUACAUUGUUACUUAAAGGCAAUAUAUGGUGUAUUGUGUUUAGCAUCUUAUGUAAUGCAUGUUUGGAAUAGAAGGUCUUUGCA